CUCUCUCUCGUCUCUCAGUAGUCUCUCACCUUUCUUCUUUACUCUCUGCUGAAAGAAAAAAAAAUCUAGAGAGAGAAAGGUGGUCCACAUCUGAUAUCAGAACACCAAAAUCUCCAUUCCGAAUUCGAUAAUCUGUCCGAUUCCUCGGUUUUUCUUUUGGGUUUCUGGUAAAAAGUUUUAGGUUCUUGAAAAAAGCUAGAUUUUUUGGUUUUUGUUCACUCUCUCUGUCUCUCUGUUUCUCUCUCUAGAGUUGCGGUGAAUGCUGGUGGCGGAUAUGGAGACGCUGUCGAUGGAUAGUCUGCCACUGGGGUUCAGAUUUCGGCCAACGGACGAGGAGUUGAUCGAUUAUUAUUUGAGGUCGAAAAUCAAUGGCAAUCAUGGACAAGUGGCUGUUAUUCGUGAGAUUGAUGUUUGCAAAUGGGAGCCCUGGGAUUUGCCUGGUUUAUCAGUGAUACAGACAACCGAUCCGGAGUGGUUCUUCUUCUGUCCACAGGACAGAAAGUACCCAAAUGGGCACAGGUUGAACAGGGCUACAAUUAAAGGGUAUUGGAAGGCCACUGGAAAAGAUCGUCAAAUCAAGUCGGACAAAAUCUUGAUUGGAAUGAAAAAGACAUUGGUCUUCCAUACCGGGCGUGCUCCCAAGGGUAAGAGGACGAAUUGGGUUAUGCACGAGUAUCGUACGACACAGAAGGAGCUUGAUGGCACAAAUCCAGGCCAGAGUUCCUUUGUCCUUUGUCGCCUGUUUAAAAAACAAGAUGAGACUAUCGAAGAUUCAAACUUCGAUGAAGCGGAACCUACUGUUUCAUCCUCCACCGCUGCCCUAUCUUCUCCUCAAGACGUACAGUCUGAUCAUGCACCGCUUCCAACAUCACCAUCUCUUGAAAGGCAAGAUGAAAGGCCUCUUACCAAAGUCGAAUGCACCUCUGCUGAUAAUUGUAAUGCGAUGGGAUCAGACACUCUACCGCCUCUACCACCUAUUGAGUUCCCUAGCAACAACUGUAGUGGUUAUGAUGCAGAAGAUCAACUGCAUAUGCCGCUGGGGGAAUUAAACAUGUUUUAUGAUCACCCACAAGAGCCACUUUUUUCUCCAUUGCACUCGCAGAUGCACGCAGAGCUCGGUUACUAUGGCAGGAAUGACUUUAGCCCCCCUGAUGACCAAGACACAUAUGUAUGUGAGUUCUUGAGCUCAAUUUUCAACAGUUCAGGGGAGCAGAUUGAUGUUGAUGGAAGAGCAGCUGAAUUACCGUUCGAGCCAGAGCUUCAAAAUCCUGUUCAGCCUGAGGGGAAUAUUGACAGAAAUGGUCCAUCACCGUUGAUGUCAAUUCCAGAAAAUUAUGGCCAAUCCUCAAGGUCUCAGGUAACAAGCAAUCAUUUGAAUGCAAUGAUCAAUUGCGAUGCUGCUCAUUUGAAUGCAAUUAUCAGUCGUGAUGCUGGAACUGAAAUCAGGCUUAGGCCUCGCCAAACACAAAAUCCGACUAGCGCAGAGAGCUUUGUGACACAAGGUGAUGCGAAUAGAAGAUUACUGAUUUUGACUAAAUUUCUGCAACUCAAAUGCAGCAGUAGACCAGAAGACAGAGAAAUAAAACCAAUAGCCAUGGAGGAGAUAAGCAAUAACAAAAAGAAACCUAUUGGUGCUGUUGCUACUGAUGUUAUUAGUGCUGACAUUGAUCUACCAGAAAAAGGAACCGUGCCCACAAGACCAAACUUGACUACGGAGGGCAGAAUUGUUACCGGCAAAAGGGUGCCUUCUCUGUUCUUUAAGGCCUCUCCCGCCGGUCAAUCUAUGUGGUCCUUUGCCUUUCUCUUUAGGGUAGUUGUGGUUGCAUGCUGGUUCAUAAUCUUGAUAGCUUAUGGGGAUUUCAUUAGUUUUGAAGCCGUCGGAAGACCCUUCGCGGCCUAGCAUGCUGCCUAAACCCCACUUUUUAGGGGCUUGUUUAAAUUUUGUGAGGCUAAACACAGGAUAGAUUUUAUAGGUUCAGAGUCCUCGUGUGAUUAUGUACAGCAGCUAACAAUUUUAUCAGAAAUUGUUCUUUUUUCUGUGAACUUA